AUGAAUUUUGACAAUGACAGCCAGAAACAAGUUUUCGAUAAGCUUAAAAAGGCAAUUCCUGGCAUCAUCAAGGAAAAAUGUGCCGGAUAUGAUGAAUUAUACGGUUAUAAGUUGAACUCCCAAGGUCCAACUGCGGAGGAAGUUGAGAAAUAUUACGACGGGAAGAUUGCCGAUUGUUUAAUUUAUAAACUUUGUAAAGCAUACCAAUUUGAGUAUAGCACUAUUGUGCAAAAUCUGGUCGAUAUUUUGAACUGGAGGAAGAAGUUCAAUCCACUAAGUUGUGCCUACAAGGAAGUUCAUAAUACAGAACUGCAAAGUGUUGGCGUUUUGACGUUCGAUGUGAACGGUGACGCUAAUAAGAAAGCCGUCACUUGGAACUUAUAUGGUCAGCUUGUCAAAAAAAAGGAACUAUUCCAAAACGUGGAUAAGUUCGUUCGUUACAGAAUUGGUCUUAUGGAAAAAGGGUUGAGUUUGCUAGACUUUACCAGCGCCGACAAUUGCUAUAUGACCCAAGUCCAUGAUUACAAGGGCGUUUCUUUGUGGCGAAUGGACUCUGACAUUAAGAAUUGUAGCAAGACAGUUAUUGGAAUUUUCCAAAAAUACUACCCAGAACUGUUGUAUGCAAAGUAUUUUGUUAACGUCCCUACUAUUUUUGGUUGGGUGUACGAUUUGAUCAAAAAAUUUGUUGAUGAAAGCACUAGAAAGAAGUUUGUGGUGUUGACUGAUGGUAACAAGUUGGGUCAAUACUUGAAGAACUGCCCACACCAAGACUACGGUGGGAAUGACAAGCAAAACAACUUGAACAAGCAAAACGUCGCGAAUAUCCACCCAACAGAAUAUGGCCUUUAUGUUCUACAAAAGCAGAUCAUCGAAGACGUCGAGUAA